AUGGCGAUGUUUUUCAAAGGAGAUAAAGUCGAAGUAUGCAGCAAGGAAGAAGGGUUCUUGGGUUCUUACUACCAAGCUAAAAUAUUAUCCCCGUUGAACGACAAUACUCUUUAUAGAGUGCAGUACAAGAACCUGGUUGAAGAAGAAGAUCAGACUCGGCCUCUGGUUGAGAUAGUUUCAGCCGACGAGGUCCGACCAGUGCCACCAACAGUAACCUUCACAAAAGCUACUCAGGUUUUCCAUUAUCUGGACUCGGUGGAUGCUUUCGACAACGAUGGUUGGUGGGUGGGGAAGAUCACUGGGAGACAGGGAUCUAAAUAUUGGGUUUAUUUUGAAACUACCAGAGAUGAGAUUGCUUACCCCGUUUCUCGAUUGAGACAUCAUCUUGAAUGGCGUGAUGGCCACUGGAUUCUUGCCAACGACACCUUCUUCUGA